GCAGCUGACAAGAGCGCUUGGUGAUGGUAUUUACGCGUAAAUUUCAUUCAUACAACAAAAAGUGCAUUUGAGUCUGCAUGCAAAAAUAUUUUUUUUAAACUUUUUAACCUCUACCCCUGACCUGGACCGGCUAAUAUGCAAAAAAGCGGUGCUCCGAAGAUGGAUUGGAAACGUCGUGUAAAAACGGAAUACGAAAAAUUGUACAAACAGAAGCGUUUCAGGGAAGCCGAUAAGGUUAAACAAGCCUGGAACUCCAACAGGGCCCAACAAAAGGAAUGGUUGGACAAAGACGAUGAAGUGUGGAAAUCGUUGAACUGCGUGUGGAAACCGAACGAAAUCGAUCCGCCACAUGUCAAUCUAAUGAAGAAAGCCGAAAUUACAUGCCAAGACGGCACAAAACAACAAAUUCCUAUUCGACCCAUCCCAGCGGUGACUCCCAUUCCGACCAUGUAUAUGUGGGCACCGACACAACAGAAUUUUAUGGUGGAAGACGAAACCGAGCUCCACAAUAUUCCAUAUAUGGGUGACGAGGUGCUGGACGGAUCAUUUAUUGAAGAAUUGAUCAAGAACUAUGACGGUAAAUGGCACGGUGACAAAGAGGGCGACUUCAUGGACGAUGUGAUAUUCGUGGAUCUCGUGGAGGCUUUGAUACCGUUUCAAAAUAGCAAGGAGAUGGACACGUCGACGCCGGUGAAACGGUCGUACUCGAUGGACAAAGAUGAGUCGAAUGAAAGUCGAGACAGCGACAAGAAACCGAAGAUAAUUAAAGAAGAGAGCAACAUUAGCAAGAAUUCGGUUGUUGUGCUUACGAAACUGGCCGAAGACAAGAAGGACGGAACUAUAACUGUGAAAACUCCAGUUAAAGUGGAAGAAAAAACCCUGGACGACGACAUAAAAAAUGAGAAACCAUUCCCAGCACCGAUUAUUUUCCAAACCAUAAGCUCCUGUUUCCCGAGCAAAGGAAACGAGGACGAACUACGUGAAAAAUACAUUAAGCUCACCGAACAUGUGGAUCCGGAGCGACGACCCGAAUGUACACCAAAUAUUGACGGACCGAAAGCCGAAAGUGUUUCCCGCGAACAGUCCCUGCAUUCGUUCCAUACGUUAUUCUGUCGGCGAUGCUUCAAGUACGACUGCUUCUUACAUCGCCAUCAUUUCCCCGGUCUGCAAAACUGUCAACCCGGACCGAAUCUACAAAAGAGACGGUUCCAGGAAUUGAAACCGUUCACCGAACCAUGUAGUGAAGCCUGCUACAUGUUGAUGGACGGAAUGAAGGAGAAACUAGAAGCAGACAAGAAGAAAACGCCACCGGAAUCUGGCAAUGAAACUAGUUCGGACGACAGUAACGACAGCCGUGAAAGUAAAGACAAUCAAACGAACAAAGAUGCAACCGGCACAGCUGCAUCGGUUUCAUCUUCAACGGCCGAAAUUUCACCGCUAACCGGACUGAUGGCAACGCUUAGUGCUGACGGCAAAUGGACCGGUGCAGAUCAGUCAAUGUUCCGAUCAUUGCACAAAGUCUUUCUCAAUAACUACUGCGUCAUCGCCCAAACAAUGCUCACAAAGACUUGUCAACAGGUCUACGAAUUUGCUCAAAAGGAAGCGGCCGACAUACCGUUCGUCGAGCAUCAGGACAACACGUUGCCGAAUAAGAAGAAGAAGAAACAUCGCUUAUGGUCGGUUCAUUGUCGCAAAAUUCAAUUGAAGAAGGACUCGCAGUCGAAUCACGUGUACAAUUUCUCACCAUGCGAUCAUCCGGGACCGUGCGACAACAAUUGUUCGUGCAUUCAGGCGCAGAACUUUUGUGAGAAAUUCUGCAAUUGCAGUGGUGAUUGUCAAAACCGAUUCCCCGGGUGCCGUUGCAAGGCUCAAUGUAACACUAAACAGUGUCCGUGCUAUUUGGCAGUCAGGGAAUGUGAUCCUGACUUGUGCAAUACCUGUGGAGCGGGUCAAUUCAAUUUGACGAAAAUUACUUGCAAGAACGUCAGCGUACAGAGAGGAUUGCAUAAGAGGCUACUGAUGGCACCAAGUGAUGUGGCCGGUUGGGGAAUAUUCGUGAAGGAAGGCUGCCAGAAGAAUGAAUUCAUCGCAGAGUAUUGCGGCGAGAUAAUUUCGCAGGACGAAGCUGAUCGACGCGGUAAAGUGUACGACAAAUACAUGUGCAGUUUCCUGUUCAAUCUGAACAACGAUUUUGUGGUCGAUGCAACGCGUAAAGGGAAUAAGAUCCGCUUCGCCAACCAUUCCAUCAAUCCCAAUUGUUAUGCCAAAGUAAUGAUGGUCAAUGGUGACCAUCGCAUUGGCAUUUUUGCUAAGCGACCCGUUCAGCCGGGCGAAGAGCUAUUUUUCGAUUACCGUUAUGGACCUACCGAACAGCUCAAGUUUGUGGGCAUUGAAAGAGAAAUGGAAUUUUUGUAAAAACUUCAGUUUUGUGGUUUAUUGAAAACGAGAAUCAAUAAAUGAAUUUCUUAACCAACCAAA